CCGCAGGGAGCCUGGGGCCGAGCCGCGGGCGGGGCCAUGGCGAUCCCGAUGGUGCCGAUGGAGACCCAGCUGCAGAGCAUCUUCGAGGAGGUGGUGAAAACAGAAGUUAUAGAGGAGGCUUUUCCUGGCAUGUUUAUGGACACCCCUGAAGAUGAGAGAACCAAAUUGAUCAGCUGCCUGGGAGCUUUUAGACAGUUCUGGAGCAGUCUUUCCCAGGAAUCUCAUGAACAAUGUGUCCAGUGGAUUGUAAGAUUCAUCCACAGCCAGCACAGUCCUAAAAGAAUUUCUUUCUUAUAUGACUGUUUAGCAAUGGCAGUCGAGACUGGUCUGUUGCCACCCAGAAUGGUUUGUGAAUCUCUAAUAAACUCGGACACUCUUGAAUGGGAAAGGACACAGCUGUGGGCAUUAACAUUUAAACUCGUCCGGAAAAUAAUUGGAGGUGUAGACUACAAGGGUGUGCGAGAUCUGUUGAAGGUGAUCCUGGAGAAAAUCCUAACUAUUCCUAACACAGUGAGCUCAGCUGUUGUACAGCAACUCUUAGCAGCAAGAGAGGUUGUAGCCUAUAUUUUGGAAAGAAAUGCCUGUUUAUUACCUGCCUACUUUGCAGUUACAGAGAUAAGAAAACUGUACCCUGAGGGAAAGCUUCCUCAUUGGUUGCUAGGUAACUUAGUAUCAGACUUUGUGGAUACCUUCAGACCCACCGCAAGAAUAAAUUCCAUUUGCGGACGUUGCAGUCUUCUUCCUGUGGUAAAUAACUCUGGCGCCAUGUGUAACUCAUGGAAGCUGGAUCCUACAACCCUUCGUUUCCCUUUGAAAGGACUCUUGCCAUAUGAUAAGGAUCUGUUUGAGCCACAGACUGCUUUGUUGAGAUAUGUGCUGGAACAACCUUAUUCCAGGGAUAUGGUCUGCAAUAUGCUAGGUCUGAAUAAGCAGACCUUGAACAUUGCUCAGCACAAACAGCGCUGUCCUGUGCUGGAGGACCAGUUGGUGGAUCUCGUCGUGUAUGCCAUGGAACGUUCGGAGACUGAGGAGAAGUUUGACGAUGGUGGAACCAGCCAGUUGUUGUGGCAGCACCUUUCCAGCCAGCUCAUUUUCUUCGUGCUCUUUCAGUUUGCAAGCUUUCCUCACAUGGUCCUGUCACUCCAUCAAAAGUUGGCUGGACGAGGUCUUAUUAAAGGCAGAGACCAUCUGAUGUGGGUACUAUUGCAGUUCAUCUCUGGCAGCAUUCAAAAAAAUGCACUGGCUGACUUCCUCCCAGUUAUGAAGCUUUUUGAUCUCCUUUACCCUGAAAAAGAAUGUAUUCCUGUACCUGAUAUUAACAAACCACAGUCAACUCACGCCUUUGCAAUGACCUGUAUCUGGAUACACCUGAACCGAAAGGCUCACAGUGACAACUCCAAAUUACAAAUUCCCAUUCCUCAUUCUCUUAAGCUUCAUCAUGAGUUCCUACAACAGAGUCUAAGGAAUAAAAGUUUACAGAUGAAUGACUACAAGAUCGCCUUAUUAUGUAAUGCAUAUUCAACCAAUUCAGAGUGUUUCACAUUGCCUAUGGGUGUUCUAGUAGAAACUAUUUAUGGUAAUGGCAACAUGAGGAUACCUCUUCCAGGAACAAAUUGCAUGGCUUCCGGAUCUAUCACUCCAUUACCAAUGAACCUCUUGGAUUCGCUUACAGUUCAUGCCAAAAUGAGUCUUAUUCACAGCAUAGCUACCAGGGUUAUUAAACUGGCCCAUGCAAAGUCUAGUCUGGCCCUGGCACCAGCACUUGUGGAGACAUACAGUCGCUUAUUGGUUUAUAUGGAAAUAGAGUCCUUGGGGAUCAAAGGCUUUAUCAGUCAGCUGUUGCCAACAGUGUUUAAAUCUCAUGCUUGGGGAAUUUUGCAUACACUGCUGGAGAUGUUCAGCUACCGUAUGCAUCAUAUCCAGCCUCACUACAGAGUCCAGCUGCUGAGCCAUCUUCAUUCUUUGGCUGCUGUGCCACAGACCAAUCAGAAUCAGCUUCAUCUCUGUGUUGAGAGCACUGCUCUAAGGCUAAUCACAGCGUUGGGCAGCUCUGAGGUCCAACCACAAUUUACACGUUUCCUUAGUGACCCUAAAACAGUUCUUUCAGCAGAGUCAGAAGAACUCAACAGGGCUCUGAUUUUGACUCUAGCAAGAGCAACACAUGUGACAGACUUUUUCACAGGCUCCGAUUCAAUUCAGGGAACUUGGUGCAAGGACAUAUUGCAGACUAUCAUGAGUUUCACUCCCCAUAAUUGGGCCUCACACACACUAAGCUGUUUUCCAGCUCCACUGCAGGCAUUUUUCAAACAGAAUAAUGUUCCCCAAGAAAGCCGUUUUAACCUAAAGAAGAAUGUGGAAGAGGAAUACCGAAAGUGGAAGUCUAUGACCAAUGAGAAUGAUAUAAUCACCCACUUUUCCAUGCAGGGCUCCCCUCCCCUAUUCCUUUGCCUCCUAUGGAAGAUGCUGUUAGAGACUGAUCACAUUAAUCAGAUUGGCUACAGAGUUUUGGAGAGAAUUGGGGCUCGAGCUCUGGUUGCUCACGUUAGGACAUUUGCAGAUUUCUUGGUCUAUGAGUUCUCCACGUCAGCGGGAGGCCAGCAACUCAACAAAUGUAUUGAGAUUCUUAAUGACAUGGUGUGGAAAUAUAACAUUGUAACACUGGACAGGCUGAUACUGUGCUUGGCUAUGCGCAGUCAUGAAGGAAAUGAAGCCCAGGUCUGCUACUUCAUAAUUCAGUUACUCUUACUCAAGCCUAAUGAUUUUAGAAACCGAGUGAGUGAUUUUGUAAAGGAGAACUCUCCAGAGCACUGGCUGCAGAAUGAUUGGCAUACUAAACACAUGAGUUAUCAUAAGAAAUAUCCUGAAAAGCUGUAUUUUGAAGGGUUGGCAGAACAGGUCAACCCUCCUGUUCAGAUCCAACCCCAGUACCUACCCAUCUACUUUGGAAAUGUGUGCCUCCGUUUCCUGCCAGUAUUUGAUAUUGUAAUCCACAGAUUUCUGGAAUUGCUUCCAGUGUCCAAGUCCCUGGAGACUCUAUUGGAUCAUCUAGGAGGCUUAUACAAAUUCCAUGACCGUCCAGUGACAUACCUAUACAAUACUCUUCAUUAUUACGAGAGGCAUCUCAGAGAGCGCACAAACCUCAAGCGGAAGCUUGUCCAUGCCAUCAUUGGUUCUCUCAAAGAUAAUCGACCACAAGGCUGGUGUCUAAGUGACACUUAUCUCAAAUCUGCUAUGAAUGUACGAGAAGAUAAUCCAUGGAUCCCCGAUGACACUUAUUAUUGCAAACUGAUUGGAAGACUAGUAGACACUAUGGCUGGCAAGUCACCUGGUCCAUUUCCAAACUGCGACUGGAGAUUCAAUGAGUUUCCUAACCCAGCUGCCCAUGCUCUUCAUGUUACCUGUGUUGAACUCAUGGCUUUGGCUGUUCCAGGAAAGGAUGUGGGCAACGCACUUUUAAAUGUUGUGUUAAAGAGUCAGCCUCUGGUGCCAAGAGAGAAUAUCACAGCUUGGAUGAAUGCUAUUGGAUUGAUUAUCACAGCCUUACCAGAGCCAUACUGGAUUGUCCUCCAUGAUCGGAUUGUCAGUGUUAUCAACAGUCCUAGCUUGACAUCAGAGACAGAGUGGGUUGGUUAUCCAUUCCAGCUCUUUGACUUCACAGCUUGCCAUCAGUCCUACUCUGAGAUGAGCUGUAGCUACACUUUGGCAUUGGCACAUGCCGUUUGGCAUCAUUCUAGCAUUGGCCAACUUUCCCUCAUUCCAAAAUUCCUCACUGAAGUCUUGAUACCCAUAGUGAAGACAGAAUUCCAGUUACUUUAUGUUUACCACCUUGUUGGUCCUUUUCUACAGCGGUUUCAGCAAGAGAGGACACGAUGUAUGAUAGAGAUUGGGGUGGCGUUUUAUGAAAUGCUUCUGGAUGUGGACCAAUGCAGUACACAUCUGAACUACAUGGAUCCCAUAUGUGAUUUCUUGUAUCAUAUGAAGUACAUGUUUACUGGGGACAGUGUGAAAGAUCAAGUAGAGAAAAUUAUUUGCAAUUUAAGGCCGUCUUUGAAACUCCGUCUACGUUUCAUAACACACAUCAGCAAAAUGGAACCAGCUGCUAUUCCUCAGCAAUCCAUCAACAGCGGGUCUCCAGCACCACAGCCUAGCCAAGUGCCUGUUAAUGUUGCUUAGCCAGUAACACAAUAGGACAUCACACCGGUGUCUAUGUGAAGACUCUUUUCUAUUGACCAGGAUGAAACUCUCUUUGAUCUGAAUUUGGUGACAUUGUGUAACAAGGGAAGAGAACCAUCUCCAGCCUGCUGCUUCAUUUUGAUUUGUGUGGUGAAUCAGUUUUUGCAUCACCUGCACGCCACUCUUCCUGUCUAUUUAUAUCAGAGACUAGAUAAGGUAUGUGUUGAACUGGUCAAAGGUAUGCUGCAAGCAGUGGCAUUUGUGGAUGUAUGAGAAGAUGACUGUUUUGUAAAGCAGCUCCGUAUCCCUCUUCAAGCCAUCGUAGUUUUCCUUCUUUCUAUCUGUCUAUAUUAUCUUUUUUCAGAGGUGCCUAGCAUGGUGGUAUGUAAAAACCUAGUUUUCUUUUAAAUGAAAACGUUAAUCCUAAAUGUCAGCCAGAUUCUCUCUUCAAACCCUGGGAUCGAAUAUUAAUCCAUGGACUAAACAUAAAGAUGGUCACUUCAAUUGUAAUUCACCAGUACUGCCUACUUAAUCACUAGGGCACAGAUAUUGAUAACCUCACUCAUCUUGAGUACUGCCUUUUUGAAGUCAGUGGGGCUACCCAUGUAAUAAGGUACCAUCCAACAUGAGUAGAGGCAGCACAGUCAGAUCUUGCGUGCACAGAUCCCUUUUACUUGACCUCCUGCUCAUGAAGAGAUUGAGAGGGGAGAAUUAAUGUUCUUGAUUUUUGAUUAUAUGAACAAGUUUAGUCCCACAGGGAGAGUGCUUAACUACAUGCUUAAGUUCCAAUGAUGUAAGUCAAUGGGACUUGCAUAUCUGAUUAAAGUUAAGGAUGUAUUUAAAUGCUUUCUUCAGUUGGGGAGUUAGGGCUUGUCUGCACAUACAGCACUGCAGCAGCAUAGCUGCAGUACUUUAGUGAAGACACUGCUACACCGACAGGAGAGCAUCUUGUGUCGGCUUAGCUAAUCCACCUCCAUGAGAGGUGGUAGUUAUGUCGACAGGAGAAGCCACCCCCCGUUGACAGCACUGUAUAUGCUGGGGGUUAGGUUGGUAUGACUACAUUACUCAGGGGGGGUGGAUUUUUCACACCCUUGAGCAAUGUAGUUACACCAAUGUAGGUUUGUAAUGUAGACCUGGCCUUAGUCUCUUUAGAGACUGUGGAUGACUCUUGUAAAGUAGGGAAUUUACUGAUGUCUUCAUUAAAGUAAACAGAUGAGCAGUGGCUUUGAUUUGGCACCAACUAACAGACUGCUAGAUUAUUAGCCAAAGACCAUCUAAAAUGGAACUGUGUUUAAAAUCUGUGGAUUCAAUUAAGAUUUGCUGGUUGAUAUUUAUCUUCCUUAGUUGGGAAAUGGUCAGUCACGGUUGGAUUUUUAUCAUAUCUAAGCUUUAUUUUAGGUUUGUGUAAUCCACUACUUUAAUUCUUCAAACAUUAUUUGUGUAUGUGUACUGUCAGUUGUUUACCAAGUAUGAGUGGAUAACAAAAGCGAAAAUAGUCUCAAUUACGAUUUGUGAAAUAUUGAUCAUAUUUGACAUCUUUAAAGAAUUUUUUAAUUAAAAAAAACCCUUGAAGUUUAUGGUAA